GCUCCGCUGUGAAACCCUUCCACGCGUGGACCUUUGACGAGGACAUGGACGACUGGACAAACGAUGGAAAUAACUGGCGUCAGCGUUGGACUCGAGUGAACUUAACCUCCCACGGAGGCUCAAGCAUCUGUCUGCAGCCGGUGGUUCCUUCAAAAAAACGCACGCCCUGGCUGUCCGAAAGUGCUAAUAAUGAGGACGCGACUUCUGUCUCCAUAACAGCUCGUCUCUGGAGUCCUGUAAUUCCCGCGCGACUUGGUAUGCGCUGUCUAGGUCUGCAGUAUUCGAUGCGCCUCGGGAAGGUGUCCUCCACAAUGGUCCCCAAACGGAUCCCCUGGCUGUCAGAGGAUAGCGAGGAGGAGACAGCCGCUGGGACUCUGAUACAAGCCCGUCUUUGGAGUCCCAAGAUUCCGGCAAAGCUGGUGGAGACGGCCCAACUUAACUGCACAUUUGACUCUCCCUGCGGAUGGCAUUCGGAUGCAAAUGACUGGGACGAGGCCCGAUGGCGCACUGUGAAACUGCAAGGAACUACAGACGCGACCAACAAUAUGGCCACCUGCUUCGUUAAACCCAAAUGGCUUACAAAGGAGAAGUUAGCUGCUAGACUCUGGAGUCCGUCCAUUGGACGUCCGCGCUUGUCGGCGUCGGAGGCUGCUGACGAGAUUAUCCCGCUUGAACGGCCUGUUAUU